AUGUGGUGGCUGCCGCCAUGCUUCCACGGCGGCAACGCGGCCAAGGGGGAGGGCCGAGACCAGUUCGACCCCAACCCCGUGUCGCCGGCCGCGGCCUCGGCGCGGUCCAUGAGCACGGCCACGUCGUCCACGAUCACUGCCCCGUCCGGCUCCGACCUCACCGGCUCCAUCAACGCCUCCGACAUGAGCGCCGACUCCAUCCAGCGCCCGCAGCAGUACCCGAGCUUCGCCGACCGGCCCGCCAACCUCCGGGUCUUCACCUACGCCGAGCUGCGGGCCGCCACCCGCAACCUCAGCCGCUCGCUCAUGCUCGGCGAGGGCGGCUUCGGCUGCGUCUACCGGGGCGCCAUCAAGGUCGACGCCGCCGCCGGAGACGGGACGCCUCCCCCGAUGGAGGUCGCCGUCAAGCACCUCAACCGGAACGGCCUUCAGGGGCACAAGGAGUGGCUGACGGAGGUCAACGUCCUGGGCAUCGUGGACCAUCCCAAUCUGGUGAAGCUGGUAGGCUACUGCGCCGACGACGACGAGCGAGGGGCGCAGAGGCUGCUGGUGUACGAGUACAUGCCUAACCGGAGCGUGGACGAUCACCUGUCGGGCAGAGCAAUCGGGACGACUCUGUCAUGGCCUAUGCGGCUCAGGGUGGCUCUCGACGCCGCCAAGGGGCUCAAGUACCUGCACGAGGACAUGGAUUUUCAGAUAAUUUUUCGGGACCUCAAGACGUCAAACAUUCUGCUGGAUGAAGACUGGAACGCCAAGCUUUCAGACUUCGGCAUGGCUAGGGAAGGCCCGACGGAGGGCCUCACACACGUCUCCACAGCGGUGGUUGGCACCCUGGGGUACGCGGCACCGGAGUACAUCCAGACGGGGCGGCUGAACGCCAAGAGCGACAUCUGGAGCUACGGCGUGCUGCUCUACGAGCUCAUCACGGGGCGGCGGCCCAUCGACGGGGAGCGGCCGAGGGGCGAGCAGAAGCUGCUGGACUGGGUGAAGCCCUACAUCUCCGACACCAACAGGCUGCGGCUGAUCCUGGACCCCAAGCUGGAGGGCCGCUACAGCAUCAAGUCGGUGGCCAAGCUGGUCACCGUCGCCAACCGCUGCCUCGCCAGGCUGCCCAAGGCGCGCCCCAGGAUGGGGGAGGUGCUGGACAUGGUGCAGAAGGCCGUCGACGUCGACGGCGCCGCCGCCGGUGCUGGCGCACCUCCGCUGCACCACUACAGCAGCGGCGGCGGCAGGGAGGAGGGGGGCAGCUCGAAGCUGAGGCGGGAUGGCAAGAAAGGGUUUCAUGGCCAGUGGCGAGCUGGAAGAGGAAAAGGACCCCUCAUGUGCUGA